AUGAAGCAGCUCGAGCGCGCGCGGCAGCAGGCGAAGAAGGAGCAGGACUCGGAGCGCAAGCCCAAGUACAUGCACCAGUUCUUCGAGGCCGCCGAGACGCGCGAGCGCGACCGCCUGCGCGCCGAGGCCAAGAGGAUCCAGCGCGAGCGGGCCGCGGAGGGCGACGCGUUCCGCGACACGGAGGCGUUCGUCACGUCCGCCUACCAGGCACAGCAGGAGGCGUGGCAACGUGCCGAGGAAGAAGAGCGCCUGCGCGAGACGCGCGCACGCAGCCGAUCCCGCGGCGUAGCGGCGUUCCGCCACCGCAUCCUCCACGACGAAAGUGAGCGUCGUCAAGCGCUGCUCACAGCCUUAUCCCAGCCUACGGACGUACAAGCGCAGGCGGCCGCUCCCAUGUCCGACCGCCAGCGCGCCGAGCGCGCCGAGGCCCAAGGCCUGCAUGUCGAACUAAACGACGACCACCAAAUUGUGGAUCAACGCGACUUGCUCCAACGCGGCCUCAAUGUCAUGAGGAAGCGCAAAGACGCACGCGACGAGGCGCCCACUCCCACCUCGCGCGCGAAGCGCAGCCACCUGAUGGAGGAGGCCCUCUUGGCACGUGUCGGCGACGACAGCGACGACGACGAGGCUUGA